CCUCCUAGCCACAAGUCGCCUCCUUUCUUCUCUCUUCCCAUUUCUUCGCUGCAGACAGAUCCAAAAUGCUUCUCAAAGCUGCUUCUACGUUCUCGCUCAUGACCGUUCACGGAGUGAAGAAGGACGUCUCUCCUCUCUCCUCCGUUUCAUCGGGGAGAAACCUCUCCUUCUCUGUUCGUGCCUCCACGCAGCCACUAAGCGGCGUCGUUUUCGAGCCGUUUGUGGAGGUGAAGAAGGAGCUCGAUCUCGUCCCUUCGAGUCCGCAGCUUUCCCUCGCUCGACAUUUGUACUCCCCUGAGUGCGAAGCCGCCGUCAAUGAGCAGAUCAAUGUUGAAUACAAUGUGUCGUAUGUGUAUCACGCUUUGUACGCUUACUUCGACCGUGACAACGUUGCUCUGAAAGGUCUUGCCAAGUUUUUCAAGGACUCGAGUGUGGAGGAACGAGACCACGCUGAGAUGUUGAUGGAGUAUCAGAACAAACGUGGUGGGAGGGUUAAGCUACAGCCUAUGGUGAUCCCUCAGUCUGAGUUUGACCACGCUGAGAAAGGAGAUGCUCUCUAUGCCAUGGAGUUGGCUCUAUCAUUGGAGAAACUGGUCAAUGAGAAGCUCUUAAAUGUGCACAGUGUGGCUUCGAAGAACGACGAUGUCCACUUGGCUGAUUUCAUUGAGAGCGUGUUUUUGAACGAACAGGUUGAAGCUAUUAAGAAAAUCUCGGAGUAUGUCUCUCAGCUUAGAAGACUCGGCAAAGGACAUGGGACAUGGCAUUUCGAUCAGAAGCUUUUGGAAACUGCUGCUGCUUAAGCUAUUUUUGGUUGUAAUCUCUCUAAUAAACUGCUGUUGCUUAAUCUAUGGUUGUUGUACUCUCUUUAAAAACUGGUGUUGCUUACUCAAUUUUGGCUGAGGGAUAUUUUAAUCUUUUAGUUUUUUGUUUUCA